AUGAUAUCAGAGCAGCGGCCCCGUCGCUCCCCUAGCGGCCCCGUCGCCGCCCUUAGCGGCCCCGUUGCCGCCCAUUGCGGCCCUCGUGCCGCCCUUGCUGCCGCGUCGCCGCCCUCAGUGGCCCCGUCGCCGCCCGCAGCGGCCCCGUCGCUGCCCGCAGCGGCCCCGUUGCCGCCCGCAGCGGCCCUGACACUGCCCGCAGCGGCCCCGUCACCGCCUGCAGCGGCCCCGUCGCCGCCCCUCACGGCCCCGUCGUCGUCCAGGGCGGCCCCGUCGCCGCCCUUUCGGCCCCCCCUGUUGCCGCCCUUCGUGGCCCCUCCCGGACCCUUCCCGGCCCCAGCAGCAGCAGCGGCCACUUCUGCCGUGCAGCCGCCACCGCUGCCAACUGCAGCCGCUGCCACUGCCGGCCACCGCUGCCGCCGUCGCCACCCGCCGCUGCCGCCCAGGCCCUGCCGCUGCCGCAACAGCCGCUGUCGAGCCGCCGCCGCUGCCGCUGUCAAGCCGCCGCCGCGGUCGAGCCGCCACCGUCGAGCCGCCGCCGUCGAGCCGCCGCCGCUGACGAGCCGCCGCCGCCGAGCCGCCGCCGCUGUCGAGCCGCCGCCGCCGAGCCGCCGCCGCUGUCAAGCCGUCGCCGUCGAGCCGCCGCCGCUGUCGAGCUGA